AUGCAUAGAGCAAUUCUUAUCAGUUCUGCGCUGCGGUUCCAAGAAAUUUCUCUGACUUUCACUUUCAGAAACCUAAAAUUCACCUUGUCUUUCUUUCAAAUCCGUUUUAAACGUGUUCCAGAAGAAACGUUAAGCCAAAAAGUGACACACACUUUAUUGGAAUGUAAGAAAGAAAACUUGACCAUAGAAGGCAAAUCCUGGAGCUGCUGCCCAAAGAAUUGGAAACCAUUUGGUUCAAAUUGCUACUUUGUUUCUUCUGACGAAAAAACCUGGAGUGACAGUGAGAAGCACUGUGCGGGGAUGCAGGCGCAUCUGCUGGUGGUCGACAGCAAGGAGGAGCAGGACUUUAUUAACGAAAAUGUGAACAAGAGUUACGAUUAUUACUUAGGGCUGUCAGAUGUGCAGAAUGGUCGCUGGGAAUGGGUUAAUGAGACACCAUACAAUCACAGUGCCACGUUCUGGCUCUCAGGUGAACCCAGUAAUGACUUUGAACACUGUGUAGAGUUACAUUUUCGUAAGCAAUGGGGCUGGAAUGAUGUCUCUUGUUAUGAGACACAGCAUUCAAUUUGUGAGAUGUUGAAGAUCUACUUAUGA